AUGCAGCAAAUGUGGCUUUCUCUACUAUCUGGCUUGUGCCUUCGCCUGGUUUUCCUUUGCAGUGCUGAGGAAGGACUCGAGUUCCCCAAUUUUGACGGCAAGGACAGGGUGCUGGACAUCAGCGAGCGCAACUACAAGAAGGCUCUGAAGAGAUACGACCUGCUGUGCCUGUUCUACCACGAGCCACUGCCUGCCAACAAGGGCCUGCAGAAGAGGUUCCAGAUGACAGAGCUGGUGCUGGAGCUCACAGCUCAGGUCCUGGAGAACAAAGACAUUGGUUUUGGGAUGGUGGACUCCCAGAAGGAUGCCAAAGUAGCCAAAAAACUGGGUCUGGAGGAGGUGGGCAGCUUGUAUGUCUUCAAAGACGACCGCAUCAUUGAGUUUGAUGGGGAGCUCUCAUCAGACACACUGGUGGAGUUUCUGUUGGAUGUGUUGGAGGACCCAGUGGAAAUUAUCAAUAACGCCAUGGAGCUGCGAGCCUUUGAGAGGAUGGAGGAAGACAUCCGCCUCAUUGGCUACUUCAAAGGAGAGGAUUCAUCCCACUACAAAGCUUUUCAGGAGGCCUCAGAGCGUUUUCAACCUUACAUCAAGUUCUUUGCUACAUUUGAUAAAUCUGUGGCCAAACAUCUCUCCCUCAAGAUGAACGAGGUGAAUUUUUAUGAGCCGUUCAUGGAGGAGCCGGCCAUCCUGCCUGGCAGGCCGCUGUCAGAGAUGGACAUUGUCGAGUUCGUCAACCAACACAGAAGGGCGACUUUGAGGAAGCUCCGGGCAGAGAAUAUGUUUGAAACAUGGGAGGACGACAUGGACGGAAUACACAUCGUUGCGUUUGCUGAGGAGGAAGAUCCAGAUGGUUACGAGUUCCUGGAGAUCCUGAAAGACGUGGCCAGAGACAACACCAACAACCCAGAGCUCAGCAUCGUCUGGAUCGACCCUGACGACUUCCCUCUGCUGACGACUUACUGGGAAAAAACCUUUAAGUUGGACCUGUUCAGACCUCAGAUUGGCGUGGUCAACGUCACAGAUGCAGACAGCGUGUGGCUGGACAUGUCCAACGACGAGGACCUGCCCACCGCCGAGGAGCUGGAGGACUGGAUCGAGGACGUCCUGUCAGGGAGGGUGAACACGGAGGAUGAUGACGAGUCCGCCGACGACCAGGAAAACCCUGAGAGCUACGUCACAGAGAACAGCUCCGAAAGCCGCGACCCGGAUGAGGAAGAUGACAGCGACGACUAA